AUGUUAGAAUUACAAGCAAAAAAUAAACUAGUUGGUGAUGAAGAAGCUCAAACAAUUGAUGAAAAUUAUUGUAAAGCACUUGAAUAUGGUUUACCUCCACAACUGGAGGUUGGGGUAUAGGAAUUGAUCGUUUAACAAUGAUUUUAACAAAUAGUAAUAAUAUAAAAGUAAGUUAUUUAUUAUUAAUAUAAAUAUAAAUAGAAUAGUAAUGAAAAUAAUCUUGUUAUUUUUGUUAAUAAAAGCAUAUUAAUGAUACUAUUCUUU